AAAUAUCUCAACAAAUAUAGAACCAAGGAUGAUGUGGCAACAUGGAUGGAUCCAUCCUUGGUUUCAAAUAUAGAACCAAGGAUGCAUCUAUGCAUGGAUGCAUCCAAAUAUUGAUGCUAUAAUAUAGCAAUAGAACCAAGUAUAGUAUUGCAUUGGAGUUGCUCUUAGUUGUAUCCAUCUGUCAACCCGUAUUUAUUCAGAGGUUGACGAUUUUGAAAGGAAGCUCUAAACUAUACUUGGGCAUUAAUUUCCUUCUACUAAACAUCUGAGCUCGUUUUUUUCUUUUUAACGUGUCUGCUCAGUUUGUCUUGUAAAAAGAUUGGAGGGAUGAAAGCACUGUUUGUUCGAGCAUCUGUUGUCAAUAAAUUAUCAUCUUAUUUACGGCGGCAUGUCACCACUCAAUCACAACUAGCAUUACCCAGAUUGGAUUACACACUUAAUCGCAAUGUAGCGCGUUCAAAUUGGAUUAUUACCAAGUUUAGUAAAGAGGGUAGGAUUGAUGAAGCACGCAAACUGUUUGAUGAACUGCCUGACCCAGAUGUUAUCACAUGGACUGCUAUAGUUUCUGGGUAUGUUAAGUGUGGUAUGAUGAGGGAGGCUAGGAGGUUGUUUGAUAGAAAGGAUGCUAAGAAGAAUGUGGUUACAUGGACUGCUUUGAUUUCUGGGUAUUUGAGAAACAAGCGUGUUUUCGAGGCUGAGAAGUUGUUUAAUGAGAUGCCUGAGAGGAAUGUGGUUUCUUGGAAUACUAUGAUUGAAGGGUAUGUUAGGAAUGGUUUGAUUGAUUCGGCGUUGGGUUUGUUUGAUAGAAUGCCGGAGAGGAAUGUGGUUUCGUGGAAUACGGUUAUAAAUGCGUUGGCUAAGUGUGGAAAGAUUGAGGCUGCGCUGAGACUUUUUGAUGAGAUGCCUGAGAAGGAUGUGAUUUCGUGGACUGCAAUGGUUGGGGGACUGGCGAAAUUGGGGAGACUUGAUGAGGCGAGGAGGUUGUUUGAUAGGAUGCCGGAGAGGAAUGUAGUUUCGUGGAAUGCUAUGAUUACAGGGUAUACGCAAAACAAAGAAUUGGAUGAAGCUUUUUAUCUGUUUGAGAGGAUGCCAGAGAAAGAUGUACCUUCUUGGAAUACGAUGAUCACAGGUUUCACUCAAAAUGGUGAGUUAGGAAUGGCUAGGAAGUUAUUUGAUGAGAUGCCGUUAAAAAAUGUUAUAUCUUGGAGUACUUUGAUCAAUGGAUAUGUGUUAGAUGAUCAGAGCGAAGAGGCAUUGAAAAUUUUCAUGCACAUGCAGGCAGAAGGCUCGGUAAAACCAAAUGAAGGGACUUUUGUUAGUCUUUUGGGUGCCUGUAGUAGCUUAGCUGGUCUUAGUGAGGGAAAGCAAAUUCACCAGAAUAUAAGCAAAACAGUCUAUCAGGAUGAUAAACUUGUUGUAUCUGCACUCCUGAACAUGUAUGCAAAAUGCGGGGAACUGACAAUCGCUAAGAAAAUCUUUAAUGAUGGAUUGAGAAGUCAAAGAGAUCUGGUCUCCUGGAAUGGAAUGAUCGCAGCAUAUGCCCAUCAUGGCCGUGGCAGUGAUGCAAUAAAUUUAUUUAAGGAAAUGCAGAAUUUCGGUUUCAAACCAAAUGAUGUGACCUACGUAGCAUUGCUUGCUGCGUGCAGCCAUGCUGGUUUAGUAGAAGAGGGUUUACAGUACUUCGACCAGCUUACAAAAGACAGGUCCAUUCAAGUGAAUGAAGAUCACUAUACAUGCCUCAUCGAUCUUUGUGGACGAGCUGGUAGUCUCAAGGAGGCUUUUAAUUUGAUUAAAAAACUUCCAGUUAAGCCUUCGUCAAGUGUAUGGGGGGCUUUACUUGCAGGUUGUAAUGUUUAUGGAAAUGCUAAUUUAGGGAAGCUAGUAGCAAAGCAAAUGUUGGCAGCUGAAGCAGAAAAUGCCGGAACCUAUAUUCUUCAGGCAAACAUAUAUUCUUCCAGUGGAAAAUGGAGAGAAGCUGCAAAUUUGAGAAUGAAAAUGAAGGAAAAAGGCUUGAAGAAGCAGCCAGGUUGCAGUUGGAUUGAAAUAGGAAAUAGGUUUCAUGUAUUUGUUGUUGGUGAUAAAUCUCACUGUGACACAAAGCUUAUUUAUAAUUUACUAGGGAACCUUCAUUCGAAAAUGAAGAAGGAUGGUUCUGUACAGAAUGAUGAGUUAAUAAUAGAAGAGGAAUUUUUAGUAACCUAAGAGCAAGUCCAAGAGAAGCCUUAUAUCAUGUCCUAAGUCAAAAUUUAAGACAUUUGAUAAAAAAGGUUGCUCCAACAAUGUCCUAGUGAUGCCUUAUAUCACUAGGACAACCCCUUCAAGCUCUAUUUUUGAGGCACUCUCUCCUUGCCCUAUCCCAUAUUUUAUAAUAAAUUUCUACCAACACUCUCUUUCUCUCUCUACUUUAUAUUAUGUUUUAAUGAUGAAAGUGAACUUUUAAUAAAAAAAUAUUAAACAUAUAGUGA